GCGGCCAUGACGCGAGCGUGACGCAGGCGUGUCGCGGGCGCAGCCGCUCCCGAGGCGCUCGCCUUGUCCCUGCUGUGUUCCCAGGCCGCCGCAGCUCGGCCCGUGUCGCCAGGCCCGGGCCGCCCCCAGUCCUCUGCCGACCGCCAUGGACGACUACGCGGUCUUGUCAGACGCCGAGCUGGCCGCCGUGCUGCGUCAAUACAACAUCCCGCACGGGCCUGUCGUGGGUUCCACUCGCAAGCUCUACGAAAAGAAAAUCUUCGAGUACGAGACCCAGAGACGGAGGCUUUCGCCCCCGAACUCGUCCGCAUCGUCUUUCUCCUACCGGUUCUCGGACUUAGAUUCAGCCUCCGUAGACUCGGAUAUGUACGAUCUGCCCAAGAAGGAGGACGCCUUACUUUACCAGAGCAAGGGCUAUAAUGAUGACUACUAUGAGGAGAGUUACUUGACCACCAGGACUUACGGGGAGCCUGAGUCUGUGGGCACGUCCAAGGGCUUCCGCCAGCCCUCACCUUCACUCUCAGACGCUGAUACCUUUCACCACCAGAUGCGUGAUGACAGUCUUUUCUCUUCUGAAGAGGAGGGUAAAGAUAGGGAACGCCCCGUGUAUGGCCGGGACAGUGCCUACCAGAGCAUCGCGCACUACCGCCCCGUUUCCAACGUCUCCAGAAGCUCCCUGGGCCUGUCCUAUUACCCCACAUCCUCCUCUACCUCUUCCGUGUCCUCAUCUUCAUCUCCUCCCCCUUCAUGGCUCACCCGCUGUGCCAUCCGGCCAGAAAAGCAGGCCCCUGGAGCUGGUCUGGGCCAGGAUCGCCAGGUCCCACUCUGGGGCCAGCUGCUCCUGUUCCUGGUCUUUGCUGCCUUCCUGCUUUUUGUCUACUAUUCCAUGCAGGCUGAGGAUGGCAACCCCUUCUGAAUGGAGCCCUGAGGGGCUGGCUUCGGGGCCAGCUGUUCUCGAAGUCCUGGCUGACUGCAUUAGCAGUGUUUGCUGGUGGGGGGGGGGUUGCUUUUCUGUGUGUUCUAGCUUGGGGGUGCUGGGCCUGGCCGGGGGCAGUACUUGCUCCCCCUGACUUGUCCUGCCUUGUUUUGCCAGGGAGGCAGCCGGCUCAGGCCCUGCGCGCCGUGGUGGGCCUGGGCAGGCCUUCCUCUGAAGCCUCCUGGUCCUGCUUGCCUCUGACCCUUAGGACCCAAGAGGGCAAGACCCUUCUCCUGGAGAGGAGAACGUGGUUGUUGUCAUUGCAUGCCUCCUGUUCGUUGUCACCUUGUUGGGGGGGAUUAACCAAAGGCCACCCUGACUUUGUUUUCAUGGACACACAAUAAAAAGACCAUUUAUUUUUAAA